AAACAGAACACACCCUCUACACUAGCUUACACUUCGGUCGCUGUGAUUGGUCUAUUGCCUGUAUCCGACGUCUAUGCACACGACACGGUAACGUUUAACUGCGCGGCAACAAACAACGUAAUAGUACAUCGGCUUGUUAAUAAAGAAGGAUUGAAUGUUGCAUUGUCAGUGAAGGAUUGCGUGUUACUCAUAAUCUUAAGAAACAGCAUUACGUACGUUACUUACGACGAUUAUAUUUUUUGGAAUCUCUCAGUGUGUUACACAAAUAUAAGUGAUAGAUAGAGAUAGAUACAGACGAGUGAUAAUAAUAGUCUAAACUCUAAAACAUCAAUCUGACGAAUUUUGCCAAUAAACAAACAAUAAACAACAGAGGUAAAAAACAAGUUGAAGAGCCGUUACUCUCGAAAAAUAAGGAAGUAAAGGAUAAUAAAGAUCGAACAUCUAAAUAAGUAUUUUCUAUAGAGCAAAAUGGAUAAUAAUAAGUGUCUUCUACUGGAAUUCGUUAAUGAAGAUAAAAAAAUUGCUGUUGGUUAUGAAGACUGGCUGCAAAAUAAAAUAAAUGAUGAAGAGAAAUACUUAAAUAUAUUUAAAAAUAAAAACGAAAUUGAAAUAAAAUGGCCUGAUUGCGACAUUGCACCAGCAUCAAUCAUGAAAAAAAGAGUACGAACGUGUGACUGGAAAAUAGUUGCGGCAAAGAUACUUUUUUUUGGUGAAUGGACUAAAAUGUGCGAACAACGGGACAAUCUAGAAACAUAUGGAGUUUUAGAACCAACUAAAGGACAAAGGAAAUCAAUGUGUAAAAAACAAUGGAGUGACGAUGAAAAAGAGAAUAGUCAGAAUAAAAAGAAAUACAAAAAAAGUGGGAUAAAACGUGGAACUACUGAAACCAAAUCCUCAAAACUAUGGACCGAAGUAAAGAUAAUGAAAAAUAUAGAUUGUGGACAAUCUUCAGAUGAUGACAGCUCUUCAAAAAUGUCGCAGCAUUUAAUACAAGAGAACGACACUUUAAAGAAAGAAAAUGAUGAUUUAAAAAAGGAAAAUAUGGCAUUGCGUAUAUCACUUUCUUGUAUUGAAAAUUUGCCGAGAAUAAACAAUUUAGUGGAGAACAUACUUCUUAAAACAGAGAAACUUAACGACAAAGUUGAUUUCACUGACUUCAAAAAAAGUAAAAAUGAGAUAAAUACUACAAAUAACAUAUUAGAAAUGGAAUCAAAUAAAGAAUCUAAUAAUGAAAAAAUGAUUGAUCUUGGUGAAACAGGUGUCCUUGUAAGUGCUAGUCGUCUUCGAAAUUGUAACAGAAAUAGUAUUUCGCAAUACACAUGCGAUUUACUAUCAGUAGUUUUUUCUAAAGAAGAACUGGCAUCAUGUAGUUUAACGGGAAAAAUUGCUAAUACUAUGAAAGGAGCAAAUAUAACACCUAAAGAACGUUUAAAUCCAAAACGUCAUGAGGCAAUUGAAGGUAAUUCUAACUUUUACAGCGUUUUUCAAGAAUUAAGCUGGAUAAAUUACGAAUUUAUUGUUAAUAAAGAGACUGUAAUACUAAAUAUUACUAUUCUAAUAAAAUUUAUAAUUUAAAUAGCAUAAAUUAUAUAUGUAAUUAAAUUUAAUAUAACAAAUUAUAUAAAUAUGUUGUUAGAGUUAAUAUAAUAUUAUUGAUAAGAUUAAUUAACUUCAACAUUGUAGGUUGUUCAAACACGAAGAUCUCGUGGUUCAACAACCUAUACUCUUUUGAUUUUACUAAUACUUUUUAUUAUAUAAUCACGCAUCAGACAUAUUAUGCAAUUUAAAACAUUCUGCAUUAAUCUAUAGUAUUUAAAAUUCUGAAAAUUUUGUCGCAUAUAUCAAUAAUAAAAUAUGGCUGCUUUCCUUUUAGCGACACAAUCGACACAUGCAUCGUUCUAUCUUUUUUUAUGUUCAAUGAGUAACAAAGAUAAAACGAUACUUGUGUCGAUUGUGUUCCCUAAAAGGAAAGCCUAUAAUAAGAUACAUUUAUAAAAAUGUAGACUAAAUAAUUGUCUGUACUUUUUGGAAUUAGUUUGUGAAUUUUUUCUCGUCCAAUGGAAAAAUUCUUUUUAUCGUUGAAGGUCCGUGUACAUACAUAGUAUGGCGUCAUUGAUGCCUAGCCAUACUAAUUUUCAUUAGUUCAAAGCAUAUCUUUCUUUUUAAUAUGAAAGUAUAUUGAAAAAGAAACAUACACUCUGCACUACUGUAGUAAAUAUGAUUAAGUAUUAAUGACGCCGUAAGUAUCAAAUAAAGAAUAAAUUAAAUUUACCUAAAAAAUUAUGGACGAAUUUCAUGCCUCGACUAUAUCUUAUAUAUAAAUAAUUUAUAAAUUUAAUAUUAUGUCUUGCGUUUUCUUACAACCAAGAAAUAUUAUAUAUAUAUAUUUAUUUUAC